UUCACCCACGGAAAAACCCAAAACCCUAUAGAGUGCGAGAGAGAGAGAGAGAGAGAGAGGCGCCAUGGAUUUGCAGCAGAACGAGUUCGAUCAGCUUUUGCUCUACGAGCACGCCCGUAAAACCGCCGAAGCCGGAUACGCCAAGAACCCUCUCGAUGCCGACAACUUGACAAGAUGGGGCGGAGCUUUGUUAGAGUUGUCACAAUUUCAGACUUUACCCGAAGCUAAGAAAAUGAUCGAAGAUGCUGUUUCGAAACUGGAGGAGGCUCUUGUGGUUAAUCCCAAGAAGCAUGGUACUCUUUGGUCCCUUGGAAAAGCUCACACCUCUCAAGCAUUCUUAAUUCCUGACCGUGAUGAGGCGAAAGUUUAUUUCGAUAAGGGAGCUGAGUACUUCCAGCAAGCUGUUGAUGAGGAUCCUAGCAAUGAACAAUACCUCAAAUCAUUGGAAGUGGCUGCCAAGGCUCCUGAGCUGCAUGUAGAAAUCCAUAAGCAUAGUGGCUUUGCUCAGCAGCAGUCAACUGGAGCAACUGGAGCAACUGGAGCUUCUACUUCUGCUGGUACUAAGAUCCAGCAGCUGUUGAGGGAGGAGAAAUUCGAUUUCGGCGCCACGAUGGGGAGCGGAAGUGGAGGUCCCGGUAGUGGGUUGCCGUCGCACUCACAUGGUAGCUAUGCUUCGAGCUCAUCCAUGCGAAAAAGAAGGAAAAACGAUGAGGAAACCUGUUUCUGCGGUUUAAAAACUUUGAUUAAGAAAUCUGGGACAUCACAGAAUUCAAAUAGGUUGUUUCAUACUUGUCCAAGAUAUCAGAAGGGGAGCCACUGCAAUUUUUUUAAAUGGGUUGAGGAAAAUGAACAUGUAGUUGUUGUAGAAGGUCCAAAGGGGGUCCUAAAAACUGAUGUAGAAGUGGAGAUUGAUUAUGAAAAUUGGAAGGUUAAAUUAGCAUGGAGAAUAAGUAGUUUAGAAGCAGAAGUCAGAGUACUCAAAAUGUUAAUGUGUUUCAUGUUCGCUGGUCUGAUAAUGGUCAUCUUAGUAGGAGCUUUACUUUGCAUGUCAUAUAUGUACAGGUAGGAGAAAGUGAAUGUGGUAUGAUGGCUUUAGGUUGCUGGAUUUUUUGUUUCCAAUUAUCAUGGUUAAACUUUUGUAAACUGAAAGUAGAGUUUAUAAAUGGCAACUUGGAUUAUGAGUA